AUGAAUGCCUUUCCUCUGAAUGGCUCACCGCAGUCGUCAUCUAUCACAUCUGGCCAGCCCACUUCCGUCCCGAAGAAGGGUAGGACACGGCAAUCUGGCACGGCAUGGACUCGAUCAGGAUGCAUAACCUGCAAAAAAAGACGCAAGGCCUGCGAUAAGACCAAACCAAGUUGUAACAAUUGUCUUAAGCAAGGUCGUACGUGCGAGGGCUACGGCUCUAUAUGGGCAGAGCCGCUAGUUCCAUCGGCGCAGGUAUUCUCGCAGAGGGAGAGUCCAAAGCGUCGACGGCUUAGUGCGUCCUCGACAUCUCAAUUACCUUCGCCUGCGCCGUCCCCGUCCCCGUCCUCGGAUGCAUGCCUCGAAACUAAUGUAUCUCCUGGGCCGCGGACUUCCCUGAGCUGGCCUGGUCCAUCUUCUCCUUGGGGAUAUGCAUCAUUUCAGGCAGCUACCAGUCCGGCUCAGGAUGCGGAAGAAUUCAAAUCUAGCCAGGAUAUUGGUGAUUCGCAUGGCUCUGUCGCGGUGAUCCCACAGCCUCAGGGAUAUAUCAGUCAUCUCUCAACACAUGAGACUCACUACCUCCAAUAUCACAUGGAGCAGGGAUCUCGGCUGCUAGCAAAUCUAGAAAGCGAUGAUAAUCCCCUUCGGUCGAUGUUGAUCCCGAGGGCAAUGUUGUCACCCCUGCUGAUGAAGGCUGUAUGUGCCGUCUCCGCUCUCCAUCUAGCAAAUCGCUCCCACGGCUUUGGAGCACAUACUGCUGCAGUCAAAUACUAUAGUGGAACGCUCAGCGGACUCCGCACAGCACUAGGCAAGUGCUCCACGGAGGUAUUUCCUGACGAUGCCAUGCUAGCAGUCGGUCUACUAUGCAAAUAUGAGAUCGUGCGUGGUAGCGUUAAGCAAUGGGUUGUUCAUCUCAACGCAUUGCAACGUUUGAUUGUUUCACGCGGUGGAUUCGCUUCAAUGGAUCGAGAUGCAGCCGAGUUCCUGCGUGGACUAUUCGUGUAUGCCUAUAACAUGGCCCGGAUCAGCAACCGCAAGUGUAUCACUUCUACGGAUUUCCUUGUCGACAGUAACAUCGGCAUCCCGAAGUUGGACAUAUAUAUUGGAUACACAGAGGAGAUUCUCAAAUUAUGUGCACGCAUUGCAGAACUGCCUUCUCUCCAGGCUGAUACGUUGGCUCUUCGACUCAGCGUUGCUUCCAUAAAUGAUUCACUCCUCACCUGGUCUCCCACUUCAACGCCCUGUAUAAUUCCCCAAGGGACAUCAAUAGCAACCCUAACCCGGCUUCAACUGGUAGCAGAAUGUUUCCGCGACGCAGGGUUCAUCUAUCUUCAUUCAAUCAUGGAGCGCAUCAGCAGAACCCGUUCGGAUGUCUCUUCUGCCACUCACACUGGUACCAUGGUCAAUACUCGACCAGAGGAGACCCAACCUCUCUCGGAGGGAGAUUGGGUUCCUCUCAUCUCCACGCCCAAGACUCUCGCCGUCUACCGCUGUCUUUCCCGGAUUGAGGAUUUCCCGCUGGGUGACCAUUGCGAGUAUUCGGCGCUCACGUUCCCGCUCUUUAUAUCGGGGUGUGAGAGUGAUAAUCUAGCGGACAGAGAGGUUGUGCUUCGUUUCUUGAGCAAGCUACAGGAUAAUUUCGGGAUUGGGAAUGUAAAACGUGCCAAGGAGUUAUUGGGUAUUUUGUGGGGGAGACAAGAUGCUGAUUUCGAUGCUCGGUUUAUUGAGAUGGGUCAGAAAAAUGUACAUUGGUUAGAUCUUGUAGAGGAGUUGGGGUGGGAAUUGAUUCUUGCAUAG